GUGCCAACCGCCAUCCACCGUUUGUGCCUAGGAACCCUUUUAGAAAAAGAAAAGACGUUCGCUAUAGAGACUAGUUCUUGAUACUAUCACUAUGGCACCAACUGUUAUCCUUAUCCGUCACGCAGAAGCGUUACAUAAUGUCUCUCAACAUUACGACCUUCAUGACCCAGCAUUGACCGACCUCGGGUUCGGCAAGCAAUGUGAUGAUUUGGCGAAUCAUUUACAGAGCGAACUUCCUCUGGCUCAGAAGAUCGAUCUCAUCGUUGUCAGUCCCAUGAGGAGAACUAUACAAACGGCUCAGCAAGGACUCGGAUGGUUGAUGAAACGUGGUGUCCCAGUAAUCCUUCGAGCAGAGUGGCAGGAGAACUCGGCAAAACCUUGUGACACCGGAACUGCUAUUCCUAUCAUGGAGAAAGAGUGGCCACAAUUCGACUGGUCACUUGUCGAUCCGGAAUAUCCUACCAAAGAAGGACUAUAUGAAUGGUCUCGACAAGGCUUGACUGAGCGUGGCAUUGCCGCAAAGAAAUGGUUGAGCGAGAGACCAGAGAAGGUCAUCGCUGUAGUCAGUCAUUCUGGUUUCUUGCGAGUAGGUAUCACGAAUGGAAAGCUAUUCGAGAAUGCUGACUACAGGAUCUUUGACUUUGGAAAAGAUCUCGAGUUGAAGGAGUGGGAGUUGACUGAAACCAAGGGCGGAGGCUUAGGCAAGAGUAUGAAGGAUAUCAAGCCUAUGGGGCUUGGCGAUUACCCUGAGCGUGUUGAGACAGAGUUGAAAGAGGGCGUCAACGAAAAUCCAAGUUAGGAGCAAGUGUUUGUCUUGAAUUGAGAAAUGAUACCCGGGAGAGUGAAGUGACAGGAGUAUGAUCACACCCUAGGCUUUUUAGACUUAAAGGACAAGAUAGAUGAAGAAUGCAUAGAGAUGGUCA